AUGACUGAGGUCGGGCACGCCGACUUAUCGAGGCUGCUUAAAUCAAAGCGCAACGAGUGCAAUGCAAUCGUAACGUCGAGAAAGAGGAAGCUGCGCGAGCUCUUCGCGGUCGCGACCCAAAUCGACACUUUACCGAACGAUGCCUUUGUCAAUCCCGACGCGCCAGCGGCGACACCAGCCGAAUGGCAAUUCUUGCAAGCAAACGACAUCUUGCAAGGCAAGCCGCUGAACGAACUUCACAUUCCUGCGAGGCAACAGCAGUCGCUGGAUAAAUUGAAACGAUCGCUGGCUUUACAGAUUAGCGUCCCGACGAAUGUACCCUCCUCGAAGCCCACGCCUGUUCCCGUUCCUAUACCUCCCUCGGCCAUCAAGAAGGAACCUGCAGCUGUGCCUGCACAACAGCCAUCCGAUGUAUCUGCAUCCAAGUCUGGUGAUGCUCUGGCCAACGGCCGACCGACCUUAACACCAGCCAGUUCAGCACAAGGAACGCCGACCCUGAAAGCGCAGAAGCCAUCACGAAGCCCAGCAUCUCCCUUGAAGGCAACGCCCUCUAAAUCAGUAUCUCCCGUGGCUGCUGAGCCCCCAACCAACAUCAAACCAAUGCCGAAUGGCGUCUCGGCCACUGAUAAUGCAGGACAACGGCAGACCCAUGUCACAUUUCCGCCAGGGACAAAGGAGGCAUCCGUCGCUUCUGCCAAGCAAGGCGACACAGUUCCAGAUCCGGCUUCGCUAAGCACCAAUCCGACGAAACCAACAACCGCCAACUCGCUCAAAGACACCUCUACAGGCGUGCCACUCACCGUCAAGUUCCCUUCUGAUGCUGUGAAGGCCGCUGAGGCUAUGUCAUCACCAGCAUCGACUACUCACACCGCGACGACUCCGGCAGUACACGAUGUAUCUACAGAUACCAGCCCGGACAAUGAGGCUCCUCGAUUUGUUGACGCUGCACGACAACAGGAUAAACCGGAUGUCAACAACGUCAACCAGCAACCGAAAGUUGCAGAAAGCCAGGAUCAAGGCUCUGGUGCUGAAGACCAACUUUUGCAGGAAUCUGCUCGAUCCGCCACGACAUCAGCUACGCCGCAAGCCGCCGAGGAGGCUACGAAAUCAGCAAGUCACAGCGUUCCGAAGCCAGAGAUCCAGACCGAUGAGCCAACGAGACCAAAUGUUGCUGAAGUUCCGGACAGCGAGGGCAAUACCCCAGACCAGAUGGACAUUGAUGCUCCCGAACCGGCUGUUCAACCGCAGACGAACAAGGCAUUGGCUUCUCGGGAUGCUAAUCUACCGACAAAUAAUAGCGCAUCCCCAGCUCCUGCUACUGCUGUCAAGAAGGAACAGGUUGCGCAUCCUCCAGCACCGGAAAGAGCUGUCACUCGUGUGUCAUCUGGUGCGAUGCGACUUAAAUCCGUCACCGAAAUCGUCGGGGGUGGCUCAAUCUCCCGUCCUUCUACUGUCCUAGAUCGAGAUGCGACAAAAGGAUCACACGAUCAACUCACACCUGUCACCUCCACUCCUCAAUCUCCUGCAUCCAAGAUAAGAAACGGACACAAACGAGACCGAUCCAAGGGCCAGGUUUCAACAGUUUUGUUUGGUAAGCAGCCCAAGCGGGUCGAUGAGAAAUCCAUCGUAUCAGGGUAUAAGGACGCUAUGCAACCAACAGACGAUUACUACACUCCACUCUUUGUACAAAACUUCACCGGUGCUUCGAACUGGAUGCAGCCUAUUGAAAAAAUAUUGUUCCAGGCAAACAAGACCAUCGCCACUCCAGAUGCCAACCUGGUUAUUCAAGAUCACCAGGCAUGUAGGGUGCUCAGGCGGGUGUACCAUUUGCAACAACACGAUAAGUGGUCCAUGCGACAGCUGAAGCGAUGCCCGGAGCCGACAAGACCCCCAACCCAGUGGGACACAUUACUGAAGGAGAUGAAAUGGAUGCGGACCGAUUUCCGUGAAGAACGUAAAUGGAAGAUGGCGGUUGCACGAAACCUGGCCUAUGCCUGUGCAGAAUGGCAUGAAGCAACCCUCGACGAGCGAAAGCAGAUGCAGGUUCCUGCCACGAUUCCUCCGAAAGCCGAAGCAGCUGAAGCUGAUGUCGCAAUGGCCGAUGCGGAUGGAGACAGCGCCGACAAUCAGCCGACUCCAGAUCUCGUAUCAUCUGGAGAUGUAGACUCACCGCUACCAGUGGACGAACUUUCCGACGACUUUGUGGAGACUGUACCUCCAUCAGCAAUCUUUACUCUACAGGAAGACGAUGUUGUCUUUGGACUGCGACGCACGACUGCUUCAGAUGCCUUGCUGGAUGAACUUCCGAUGUAUGGGUCGCCCCUGAAAGUGCUCAACGCGGAUGUCACGAAUCCCGAGUAUGAUCCCGAUGCCCAUUGGCGGCGCCCUGCUCUGCCCUUGAGCAAGUACGUUGAGGGGAACAUGAAGCUUGUGACUCAUACACCUCCACGGAAACGCAGCAGGUUCAACUACGAGAAUGAGGAGUCAGAUGACGAGCGUGAAGGUGCAUUUGUAGCCGAUCUAGCCGUCCACAAUGUUGUGCUUCCAGCUUCAACGGAUGAAGUGGCACUAUUUCACCCAGAUUCAAAGCACAUCCGAGAUAGGCUACAUGCUGGCCAUCAGUUCCGACCACCCUCUGAACAUCCAAUGCCUGUGCAGAGCUUCUACGAGUGCCGCGGUCCCUCACAAUGGACGUUGGUGGAGGAUGACGAGCUCCGAGGUCUUGUUCGAGAGUAUUCCUACAACUGGUCGUUGAUAUCGAAUAUGCUUUCGACCAAAUCCAGGUUUCAGUCAGGAGCUGAGAGACGAACACCUUGGGAAUGCUUUGAGCGAUGGAUCAAUCUUGAGGGCCUCCCAGCAGACAUGCAAAAGACUCAGUAUUUUAAGGCAUAUAACAGCAGGAUCGAAGCAGCACAGCGAGUCAUUGCUCAACAAAACCAAAUAGCUGCGCAACAGGCCAGCGCUUCUGGCAGCGCCGUGACCCCAGUGCGCAGGAGACCUUCGGUGCCACUGCGAGUCGAGAGACGCCGGAACCAGAAGCACUUGACUCUUAUUGAUGCAAUGAGAAAACUCGCCAAAAAGAGAGAGACGACCAUUCAAAAACAGCAACACUCAGCAUCGCAGAACUCAGCCAACAAAAAGACGAACGACACCAUUGCACAACGUCAAAAGAAGACACCACGCGACUACAGCAUCCUGCGGUGGGAACGCGACCAGGCUCUGGCAGAGAAGAUGGCGCAAUUUGCGCAGCGACAAGAGGCUCAGCGACGAGCUGCUUUGCAAGCCAGGGCUCAGGGUCAGGUGGCGCAAGCAGCCGGAGCAGCCGGCGCUGGUGCUCAGGGGCAAAAUGGAAACCAUCUUCCGAGCAGCAAUGUCGCAGCGGCUGGUGCUCGUCCAGCUAUCCCAAGUCAACUGGCUGCCGCCGCGGCCGCCGCAGCUCAACGGCCUCGAAUGCCUAUGCAAGCUCCAGUCAAUGGGGUGGGAGUUGCUGGCGUCCAAGCUCAGAUGAAUGGUGGACUUUCAGCUCCGAACCAAAUGACUGCCAUCCAGCAAGCCCAGUUGCAAGCUGCCCUGCAAGGACAGCAAAGAAUGCCUAUGCCUAACCAGCAACCAGACGCCAACUUGAUGCUACGUGCUCAACGUAUAUCAGAGCAGCAACGAGUCCAGAUCCAGCAGGCUCAGCAGCAGCAGCAACAUCACCCACAGCAACAACAACAACAACAACAAGUCCAACAGCAUCAACAGCAGCCCCAACCGCAGCAACAACAGCAGCAGCAUCAACCUCAACAACAGGUCAACGGGACGACAGUUGGUACGCCUGGCCAGCACAGCUCGCCUCCCUUGCGUAAUGGCAUCAAUGGAAUCAACCAGCAGAACUUCAUGACCACGGCGCAAGCCAUGAUGGCUCAAUACAGCGCAGCCGCCAAUGCCAACGGGCACACGUCACCACCAACAAACGGUUUACAUAUGCCUGCCUCUGUCAAUGCUAGUUCACCAGGCCAACGAGUUCAUCCGCAACUUCCCGCUGGUAUCGCAGCUCAGCUUGCUCAACUGGAAGCCCAGUUCAAGGCUAAGAACCCAAAUCUUACACCGGAGCAAGCACGUCAAGUGGCAACAGAACAUCUUACCAGGGCUAUGAUGGCACAGCGCCAAUCUGCGAUGAAUGCUGCUGCUGGUGGAACUGGACAGCCGGGCCUCGCCAACAGCAUUGCGGCAACAACCAGUCCUCACCAAUACGCAGCUCUGCUUCGACAACAGCAACAGCAGGCGGCCCUCCAGGCUCAGCAACAAGCAAAGGCCCAGCAAGUCCAGCAAGCUCAACAACAACAAGCUCAACAGCGCGCAGCAAGCCAAGCCUCUCCUACACCUGGUCCGACUGCAAGCCCGGCACAGUCUCAUCAACGCCAAUCCAGCGGCAGCGCCACGCCUUCAGCCGGCCAAUAA